CCUUUGUCUCCCUCAUCUACCAAAAAACUCCUCAAAAUUUCGACCCCUUUCUUUUAUUUUAAUUUUUUUUAAAAUAAUUUUUUAUCAUCCCCACAAAAACACCAGUGUAUACAGAUCACAAACCUUAAUACACAAUUCUGAAACUCCUCUGAAUCAAACACUCCAGAGCUUCAAAUUGCUCUUCAAUGGCGUAAAAUAAAUUUCACCCUAAAUUAAACAGAAAAAACCGCCAUUACCAAUUUUCAUUUUCCAAGCUUCGAUUAACCAAUUUCCACCAGAUCUCCUUUCCUUCUUCUUCAUUGAUCUGAAUCUUUCCCUAAUUUUGAAUAAUCAGAGUGAUAAUAAUUUUCUAGGGUUUCUGCUGAAUUUCUUCGAUCGAAGUAAACAUGUCGGGAGCGGCCUCAGCGCUGUUCCUUCUAGACAUUAAAGGUAGAGUUCUCAUAUGGCGGGAUUAUCGCGGUGAUGUUUCAGCGGUUCAAGCUGAGAAAUUCUUCACUAAGUUCAUCGAGAAAGAGGGUGAUCCACAGUCGCAAGAUCCAGUUGUGUACGAUAAUGGGGUUACAUACAUGUUUAUACAACACAACAAUGUGUAUUUACUUAUUGCUACUCGGCAAAACUGCAAUGCUGCUAGUGUUCUUCUCUUUCUCCACCGUGUAGUUGAUGUGUUCAAGCAUUAUUUUGAAGAGCUAGAAGAAGAGUCACUUAGAGAUAACUUUGUUGUAGUGUAUGAGUUACUUGAUGAAAUUAUGGAUUUCGGCUAUCCUCAGUUCACAGAAGCAAAGAUCCUUAGUGAGUUUAUUAAAACUGAUGCUUAUAGGAUGGAAGUCACACAGAGACCUCCUAUGGCUGUGACCAAUGCAGUUUCAUGGCGUAGUGAAGGAAUAUCUUACAAGAAGAAUGAGGUAUUUUUGGAUGUUGUUGAGAGUGUCAAUAUACUUGUAAACAGCAACGGGCAGAUUAUAAGAUCAGAUGUUGUUGGGGCAUUGAAGAUGAGAACAUAUUUGAGUGGGAUGCCUGAAUGUAAACUAGGCCUGAAUGAUAGAGUAUUACUGGAGGCUCAAGGACGAACAACAAAGGGGAAGGCUAUUGACCUGGACGACAUAAAAUUUCAUCAGUGUGUACGUUUAGCUCGUUUUGAAAAUGAUAGGACCAUAUCAUUUAUACCACCAGAUGGGUCUUUUGAUCUCAUGACAUAUAGACUCAGUACUCAGGUGAAGCCUCUAAUUUGGGUUGAAGCCCAGAUUGAGAGGCACUCCAGAAGCCGUAUUGAGAUCACAGUGAAAGCUAGAAGCCAGUUUAAGGAGCGAAGCACUGCAACAAAUGUUGAGAUUGAACUACCAGUUCCAUCUGAUGCCACCAAUCCAAAUAUCCGCACAUCGAUGGGAUCUGCUGCUUAUGCACCUGAGAAGGAUGCUUUAGUCUGGAAAAUAAAAUCUUUCCCUGGUGGCAAGGAAUACAUGUUGAGGGCGGAGUUUAGUCUUCCUAGCAUCACUAGUGAAGAGACACUACCUGAAAGAAAAGCUCCUAUACGGGUGAAAUUUGAGAUCCCGUAUUUUACAGUUUCAGGAAUCCAGGUUCGUUAUCUUAAGAUCAUUGAGAAGAGUGGAUACCAGGCUCUGCCAUGGGUGAGGUACAUAACAAUGGCUGGUGAGUACGAGCUGAGGCUAAUGUAAUUCAACUGGUGAUCCAAGUGCUAUUUGGUAUGUUUAUUUGUAUUUCGGGGCAAAAACUGGAGAGUUGGACUAAAAUGAGCAUGAAGCAACUUUGAUUUCUUUUCAUGGGUCAAGCAGUUCAGCAGUCCCUUGUGACGUAUCUCCAUUCUCGAGCUGAUGAGUCUGUCAUUCAUUAUCUUUGUUGCAUACACUUGAGAGUCUAUGAUUGUGAAGUUAAGUCUCAGCCGCAUAGCGUUUUGUUUUAAUCUUUUGCUAGUUCAUGUGCAGAAUUUUACUUCACUGAUGUGAAGAUUGUGUUCUGCUGGUAAUUUGAUCUGUGAAAAUGAAUUUUUGCCAGUCACUUUUAAUUCUUUGUUUCAGGAUUGGUGAUGUGGUUCAUGUAAGAGAGUAUGAAUACCUGUUAUGAAAUUUGUAAUUCUAUCUAAUUACCUCAUUCUUUUGACUAAUAUUUCAGAAGAUUGAUAUUUUGAAA